UUUCUUUUCAUUUAAUUGUUGUUGUUUUGCAGUUUCUAAUCAAUAAUGAUGUUCGCAAUCACACAGAUUAAGAAAAUUCACGCUUUUAUCGAGAAAGUGAAGGUCGAUGUGUACUGACCUUUUGUGUGUGUACCCGUCUGGUAUGUUUCAUGUUCAGUUUCCAUAGUGACAUAAUGACGAUGGUACAGUGUUGUUUUUCGUCGAGACAACAUUUCUACACGACUAAGAUUGAGUUCUACGACUGUUUGCGUCAAGAAAAGAAGUACCCUUGCCCUCUAAUACAUCCUCCAGGCUGUGCUACUGAGUUCUGGCACCUCCAGGCAGUCCCAAGAUUUUUCACGUCACAUAUAGUCAACGCCGUGAGGCAUGUCAUCAACAGCUUGGCGCUCAGCUUUACAUGGGAUCUAGGGAUAUAACGUUAUAUGAGCUUCGAAUUCCUCGCGACCGGGAAAUAGUCGUGAACGGACAGGGAAGGCUAAGGUAUACGUCUUGUUUCAUGUUUGGAUUACUUCUAUUACAAUUAAAUCCAUUAGAUUGUUUUCAUAUGUACGUUCAUCUGAAAGCUACAAAGAGAAGACGAUCCUUGGAAGAUACCAAAACGUGUCUUGGGUGUGUGUUUCAGAAAUCCGGAAGUCGGUCGACUGGUUGUCUCAGGUGUUCUACCUGAUUGGUUACCACGUCAGGGCGGCUCAUUUGCAUAGUCAACAGACACCUUUGGCCCCAGCGCAGUGUGGUAUACUGUAUUUAUCGCCGCCAUUUCUCCAGUGUUUGUGACAGGUUCCUUGUUGGGUGGCACGUUCGUACCUAACAUAUCCACGUUCCGAGCGGCAGAGAUGAGGUGAGAUGUUCCCGGGAUAGCUCACCUGCUGGGCCGGUAGGACGGACGGACAGAGAAGCCUGGCGGCCGGCGGUGCGUCUGAGCCACCCCUGCCCUGCGCACCUUCCACCUGCGCCGUAUCCAGGUCGACAUGGCGAAUACCUCAUUCACCACGGCGUUCACGGAAGCGCUCAGCACCUCGGCCCCGACGCUGACCCCCGCCACUGCCAACCUGGUCGGGACCAACAGUUCGCCGUCCCCCGUGCAGGAUCUCAACACCACCGACAGCGCGGCCGUGGACGGGGCGGUAGCCGCACGGGGUCUCUUCCUGGCCUUGUUCCUUCUACUCGGCCUUCUGGGAAAUAGUCUCCUGAUCGCGACCAUCGCCAGCGCCGAGAGACUCCGCAAUGUCGUCUUCAAUAUCUUCCUCAUCAACCUGGCCACGACGAACCUAGCGGACUGUCUUCUGAACAUCCCCUUCGUGCUGGCUUCCACCACGGCUGCGGAUGGUCUACCUCUCAACAGUACCGCCACAAUUCUCCCCUGUCAGUUCAACUCCUUCUUCGUGCAGUUUAUAAACAUCGAGCUUAUCCUGCUGAUCUGCACGAUGUGUUGGGACCGGGUGAUGGCCCUGCGUGAACCUCUGCAGUACAGCGUGCUGGCGUCCCCUCUUCGCGCAGGGGCCGUGCUCGGGUACACCUGGGCUCACAGCCUGGCCUUCUCCCUCUGCAUCCUCAUCGGCACGCCUACCUCUGUGUACUACAGCGCCCGGUUCCUAUGUUCGCUGUCGCCCCACGACUCGCUGGCGUACGUCGUGGUGGUGUCCAUCUUCUGCUUCCUCCUGCCCUUGCUGAUGAUCAUCAUGGCGUUCUGCGUCAUCCUCAAGUACAUCGUGUCGGAGCGGAGCCGUGUCAAGGCGAUGGGCCAGUUCCAGUACACGGACGCAGUGCUGCCGCACGACCAGGCCUUCUGGGCUGAGGUGGACAUAGCCAAGCUAACAGGGAUGAUAGUGGUGUCCUUUAUCGUCCUCAGGGCACCCUACAUCAUGACAGCGCUCAUCCACGUGUACACCGCCUCUCAGGCCGACUUGGACUACGCCAGCCAAGUAGACACCACUCUAGUCUGGCUCAUGUUCAGCCAUGCUGUUUUCUUGCCAAUCGUUGCUUUUAGUAAGAAAAAGGAGCUGGGACAAGCCUUUAAAGACAUGGUCUUGUGCAGGAAAAGCAAUUCUAUCAUAGACUCUGCCAAAGAUAACACACUCACCACGCAAGUGGCCUUUGACCAGGAGCUGAGACAUUCCAAAGCGAGACUCCCGACCAGUCCGACCUUUAACGUGCCGGUGCUGUUCUCCACAAGUGAGGGUCUCCACUAUCACGUGUCGAGUCAGGAGAGACUGUCCAUCCAGGCAGCCGACUUCAGCUCCUUAGAGUCGGGCAUGAAGUCUCCUGACAUGCUCCUUAGCGGGAGUAAGAAGUGCGACGUGGAUGAGGGGGGAGGGAACGACAGCGGGACGGAGAUGUCCCAGGAGGAGGAGUCUGACGGGGAGGCCACGGGGGAGUCGGCGGGACAGGAGCUGACCACGCCCCGCCUGUGGGACCGGGAGACCCCGGUGGAGUCGUCGGGACAGGAGCUCACCACGCCCCGUCUGGAGAAGGGAGGAAGUUUCCCAAGGUUACGACCGCUGUCACAGACUGACAUCUCCCUGAACAGGAUCCGCACGAGUUCAUCCUCAGCACCAUAACCACAAGUUUUGGAAGUGUACAGUGUACAAUGCAGACUGCAGCCAGGCAAGUCAGCACACCAACUCUGUCCUGCUGCUGGGUAGGAAAGACUCCAGGCCUCCUGCUUCCGACGUGUGCAACUCUGCACGAAGCACAAAGUCAUAUCAAACAUGUAUAUAUAGAAUACAACACAGUAUAUUCCACAUCAUGGAUGCAGAAUACACUGAAAUACAUAAUGUGAUGCGGAAUGCACCGUGUUGUAUUGUAUUUAUGUCAUACCCACCCUAGAAAACAUGUUUCAAUACGAAAUGUGCCAGAAAUUGUGUACAUUUGGUGCCCUGGAACAAAAAAAAUUGUAACAAAAGUAAUUCCAAAGUCCAACUCCGGUAUUUGAAUCUUCUGCAGAUUCUCGGUGCAUGUUAAGUGCAUUCAAUUCCAUUGACAAAAGCCUAUGUGAUAAACCAAUGUGAUACGGCAAGUUAUCACCCUGUCUAGAACACCCAAAUCGUUAUUGUAGCCCAGGUGUAACAUAAAUAACAGUAUCUCAGAAGUGACGCUUUGUUAAUGGAGUGGGAAGGAUGUAAUGUUUAGUGUCUAGAAAUCUGCUGAGACAAGCUCAUGCUGAGCUGACCUUUCAUAGAGGAGCUAGAGAAAAAUCAGUAAAUGUAUGAUAGAUGCCUUGGUGUCCAAUACACUUGUCAGAACCUUUGUAAGAAGUUAUCUUGUUAAAGAUGCCCCCAUAAAAGGAAAUGGGGACUGACUUUUCUUAGAUGUCUUCGAUUAUCUCUCUUUCAUCACUGAAGCAAAACCACAACCUUUCAAUUAAAUACAGAACAGGACAGGAGAUGACUCUCCUUUUAUGGUAACAGGAGGAAGUUCCGAGGAUCAAAAAUAACCUUUGCACCAGAAAUAACCUACCAGGGAAGGAUGUAUCAAAAUACCUCCUGGUGUCUGCAUUACAAGCCUUUGAAUGGUAAAAAUGUUUUAUUAAUAUGAUGGCAGGGGUUGCUCCUGGUGCUAUGAUAGAACUUAAUAGUGAUGUGACUCAUCUAAGGCCUGAUUUGAGUUCCUCAUCCUUGCAAAAUCAUCUACUAUCAUUGUCAUCAUUGAUAGGAAUGAAAGCAACAUUGACUCCAUGCACACUAGAGGCAAGUCCAUGCAUGAAUCCAUAAAAGUGGAUAAUGAAGUGACCUUGACAUUUCGGAUGAAGGAUUACAUCUACAACUACAAAGGUCAGCAGCAAUAUUUUUAAGUUAGUGUUUCCAAAUGAUAUCAUUGCCCUAAAUAUUACAAUUUACUCCACACAACAAAGUGCACAGC